AUGUUUUGUAGAUGGGUUUUUGUGAUUAUGAUGAUGAGUGAAAUAUUAGUAUGGUCCUAUGUGGAAGGACUUGGUGUGAAUUGGGGAACACAAGCAACACAUCCAUUGAAACCAGAUACAAUAGUUGAAAUGUUGAAGGAUAAUGGAAUUGGAAAAGUGAAGUUAUUUGAUGCUGAUGAUGAAACUAUGAGUGCUCUUGGUGGAUCGGGGAUUGAAGUGAUGGUUGGGAUUCCAAAUAAGCAAUUGCCUGAAAUGAGUAAUUAUGAUCGUGCUUUGCAAUGGGUUAGGAAAAAUAUUACUCGGUAUAACUUUAAAUCUGGGGGUGUUAAUAUCAAGUAUGUAGCAGUUGGAAAUGAGCCAUUUUUGAAAUCCUACAACAAUUCAUAUUUGAAUGUAACCUUCCCUGCCCUACAAAACAUUCAAAAUGCCCUAAAUGAACUUGGUUUAGGUGACUCCAUAAAAGCCACAGUCCCUUCCAAUGCAGAUAUCUAUGAAUAUCCAGAUCCAAACAAUGCGGUUCCCUCCUCUGGAAUAUUCAGACCAGAUUUAUCCAACCUCAUGACCCAAAUAGUUCAAUUCCUAAACAAAAACAAUGCACCAUUCACAGUAAACAUUUACCCCUUUUUAAGUCUCUAUGAAAAUGACAAUUUUCCAUUUGAUUAUGCAUUUUUUGAUGGAGUAACAAAUCCAUUAAAUGAUAAUGGAAUUUCUUACACAAAUGUUUUUGAUGCAAAUUUUGACACUUUAGUCUCAGCAUUAAAAGCAAUAGGGUUUGGAAAUAUGGAAAUUCUUGUUGGUGAAGUUGGAUGGCCCACAGAUGGUAACAAAAAUGCAAAUAUCCAAAAUGCAUUAAGAUUCUAUAAUGGUCUUUUACCUAAGCUUUCAUCAAACAAAGGAACACCAAAAAGAAAUGGUUACAUUGAAGUUUAUUUAUUUGGAUUAAUUGAUGAAGAUGCAAAAGAUAUAGCUCCUGGAAAUUUUGAAAGACAUUGGGGAAUUUUUAGUUUUGAUGGAAAACCUAAAUUUCCAAUGCAUGUUUCAAGUAAAAAUGGUGAGAAUAAGUUAUUAGUAGGUGCAAAAGAUAUGCAUUAUCUUGAUCCAAAAUGGUGCAUGUUUAACCCUAAUUCUAAUAAUUUAAGUAAACUUGAUGAUAAUAUUAAUUAUGCUUGUUCUUAUGCUGAUUGUACUCCACUUGGUGAUGGUUCUUCUUGCAAUGAUUUGGAUGCUAAUGGAAAAGCUUCAUAUGCAUUUAAUAUGUAUUAUCAAGUUCAAGAUCAGAAUGACCUAGCUUGUGAUUUUGAAGGGUUGGCUAUGAUUACAACUAAUAAUAUUUCAACUUCUAGUUGUGAUUUUAUUAUUCAGAUUAAUCCUUCUUCUUCAUCUUCUUUGUUGCCAUCUUUUGUUGGUUUCUUGUUUGUAGGAGUUGUGAGUUAUUUAAAUAUGUGUUGA